AUGUCCUCUUCAGCACUUCGAGCAGCCAUCCUCAUCGUCUCGGAGACUGCGUCAAAGGAUGCGUCUACUGAUAAAGGCAUUCCCGCUUUACAGCAGACUUUUGCGGACAAAGGCGGAGGUCAAUGGCAAGCAACUGACACCAAGAUUGUGACUGAUAAUGUCCUCGAUAUUCAACGUGCCAUCACUGCUUGGACAGAUGGCGCAGAUCCGGUGAAUCUUAUUGUCACAAGUGGAGGCACUGGAUUUGCUCAGAAAGAUGUGACUCCAGAGGCAGUGACUCCUCUCAUACACAGACAUGCCACCGGACUGGUACAUACAAUGCUUUCAGCCUCCUUGGCUAUAACGCCUUUCGCAGCAAUGGCCCGACCGGUCGCUGGUGUUCGGAAUGGGACCCUGAUCCUCACUCUACCUGGUUCGCCGAAAGGAGCAAAAGAGAAUCUCGAGGCAGUGCUAAAGCUUUUGCCACAUGCCUGCCAACAGGCUUCUGGGGCUGAUUCUCGUACUUUGCAUGCUGGUGGAGUCAAGAAGCUUGAAAAGGACGCCAGUGUGUCGGCUGCUGCCCAAAGCCCCUCCUCAAACCAUCAUCACCACGAUCACUCACAUGAUCAUUCGCAUGGUCAUGGUCAUGGCCAUCACCACGGCCCAAAGGCACACACACUUCCAGAAAAUCGGCCAAUGUCAAACGACCCCAACGCUGGACCUUCACGACGAUACCGCGAGUCUCCUUACCCCAUGCUUGCUGUGGAAGAUGCAUUGGCUCAAAUCACACAGCAUACACCUGCACCCACGAUUACAAAAUCACCCGUCAACGAAGAUCUCGUUGGAUCCGUGCUCGCAGAAGAUGUGACUGCGAGCGAAUCUGUUCCUGCUUUCCGAGCUAGCAUUGUAGAUGGAUAUGCUGUCGUGGCCUCUAACCAUGUUCUUGUACCCAGCACCAAAGGUAUCUUCCCAGUCACUGGAAUCUCACAUGCACAGGCCGCUAAGGACAUGCCGACCCUGCGAUCUGGAGAAGUGGCGCGAAUCAYCACAGGUGCUCCGCUUCCACCUGGCGCCACUGCUGUUGUGAUGGUAGAGGAUACAGUACUUCGCUCAAUGACAGAAGAUGGCAAGGAAGAGAAAGAUAUUGAGAUUCUCACUGAUGAUAUCAAGCCCGGCGAGAAUGUCCGCGAAGUCGGAAGCGAUGUGAAGGCUGGGAGUGUGGUCAUGAAGAAGGGUGAAGRCAUCACUGCAAUUGGCGGAGAAUUUGGUCUCCUCGCUUCGGUAGGCACGAGAGAAGUCGCAAUCUUUCGGAAACCUAUUGUUGGAGUACUUAGCACUGGCGAUGAGAUUGUACAACACGAUCGACCGGGUGAGCUGAGACUCGGUGAAGUGCGGGACACAAAUCGUCCGACACUUCUCACUGCAGUUCGAGGUUCCGGUUUCGAGGCAGUGGACCUCGGGGUUGCCUCUGACAAACAUGGUGCGUUGGAAGAGCAUCUUCGCUCCGCCAUGCGGAAGGUGGACGUCAUCAUCACCUCCGGCGGCGUAUCGAUGGGUGAACUUGAUCUUCUAAAACCCACCAUUGAACAUAGCCUUGGUGGCACGAUCCACUUUGGCCGCGUGAGUAUGAAACCUGGAAAACCCACGACAUUCGCCACAGUGCCAUUCAAAGCCAACGACGGUACAUCACAAACCAAGGUCAUAUUUUCACUACCCGGCAAUCCUGCCUCUGCGGUUGUAACAUACCAUCUCUUCGUCCUGCCGGCUCUACACAAGAUGAGUGGCAUCAGUCCUGUUGGACUACCCAAGGUCAGGGUUGUGUUGGAUCAAGACGUCAGAAUGGACCCGCAGAGAGCCGAGUAUCAUCGUGUGAUUGUCACGGCGAGAGCUGAUGGACUUCUCCAUGCUACGAGUACCGGGUUUCAAAGAAGUUCGGCUAUUGGGAGCUUCAAAGGCGCCAAUGCUUUGCUUUGUCUACCUGCCGAGAAAGGCUCAAAAGUGAAGGGAGAUAAAAUUGACGCACUGUUGAUGGGAAAGAUCACGAGCGAGUUGACUGGGUGA